AUGUCGGCCGCGAUCGAGCAGCGCAACCAAGAUGCAACUGUGUAUGUGGGAAAUCUGGACGAUCGCGUGACUGAGGAGAUUCUUUGGGAGCUUAUGCUACAGGCAGGAAGUGUGUGUAACGUGCACAUGCCCCGUGACAAGGUCUCAGGCGCUCACCAGAAUUAUGGCUUUGUAGAGUUUCGAUCCGAAGAGUGCGCUGAAUACGCAGUUAAAGUGCUGAACAUGAUUCAGUUAUACGGACGAGUGAUUCGCGUCAAAAAAGCGUCAAACGACAGGAAGAAUCUGGACGUCGGCGCUAAUUUAUUUAUUGGCAAUCUGGACCCAGAGGUAGACGAAAAGCUACUGUAUGACACUUUUUCGGCCUUUGGGGGUAUCGUUGAGACCCCUAAGAUCAUGCGUGACCCAGACACUAAAGCCAGUAAAGGCUUUGGAUUUAUAAGCUUUGACUCGUUUGAAGCAGCUGACUUAGCUAUCGAGUGUAUGCACGGUCAGUACCUUUGCAAUCGACAAGUGGUGGUGCAGUACGCUUUUAAGAAAGAUAGUCAGAACGAACGUCAUGGCUCUGAGGCUGAAAGAUUACUGGCUCAGUCAAAUCCAAACAAGCUCAAACCUCACACAAUGUUCGCCUUUACAACUGGCGCUGCUCCUUACAUGGACGUACCUCCCCCACCUCUUCAUUUCAAUCAGAGUGCUGCAGGCUAUAUGGGCAUGGGAAUGGUGCCACCGCCUCCACCUCCUGCAGCGAUGGGGAUGGCGUAUCCACCUCCCCCUCCUCCACCAGUAGGAAUGAUACCACCGCCACCAAUGACAAGAUAA